ACUCGCUUCCAAGUUAUGUACCAUGCAAUAAUACACGAGUUAGUUGAAGGAAACGUUUCAGAUCGCGCUGUCUGCUAUAUUAUAUUCCGUCUCCAAUCUACUGAACGAACGUCAAAGUCAACGUCACUGAGUCGACACAGUUCGUCAAAUACAUCAUUUCAGGAGCAAGUUGCUCCAUUUUUUCUUUCAAGUCUUGAAAAGGAAUCAAGCGCGAUGGGAGAACGGAAGGGAACGAAUUUGUACUAUCCACCGGACUAUGAUCCCCGUGCCGGUGGCCUCAACAAGUUCCUGGGCACUCACGCGUUGCGCGAGCGUGCCCGCAAGAUCCACAUGGGCAUCCUGAUCAUACGAUUCGAGAUGCCCUACAAUAUAUGGUGCGACGGAUGCGGGAAUCACAUCGGCAUGGGCGUCAGGUAUAACGCGGAGAAGAAGAAGAUCGGGAUGUACUACAGCACGCCGCUCUAUCAAUUCCGCAUGAAGUGUCAUCUCUGCGACAAUCACUUUGAGAUAAAAACCGAUCCCGCUAAUCUGGAUUACGUCAUAGUGAGCGGUGCGAGGCGUCAGGAAAAUCGAUGGGACCCUAAGCAGAAUGAACAGGUGGUGCCUGAAACGAAGGAGGUAUCGUGUAGACUGUAUGACGAUGCCAUGUACAAGUUGGAGCAUGGCAUGGAAGAUAAGAAAGUGGCCAAGUCUCGGGACUCUGCGCUGGAAGGUGCGAUAGCGUUGAACGAGAGUAUCUGGAAAGACGAUUACAGCUCGAACUGCGCAGUGAGAGCCUUAUUUCGGGAGAGAAAGAAGGAGCUCAAGAAGAGGCAGGCUGGAGAUCAUGCGUUACUAAAGAAGGCUGGGCUCGACAUCGACCUGGUGAACGAGCACGAGGAUGACAUCAAACUGGCCAGGUUACUCACUCACAAGAAAGGCGCCAGGAAAAAAGAAGGCGCGGAAUUGAAACGGCUAGUUUCGAUCGUGCGAUCUAAAAACAGGAAGAAAGCGUCCUCCUCGAAUGACCGAUUGAAACUACAGAGCCAGGAGUCGCCGAAGGUACAAGAAGUAGCGGGUAAUGCUACCACCUCGAAAGCUGGUAACUCGGGCGCAUCUCUGGUCAAUUACGACAGUUCCAGUACCGAUAGUGACACUUAGCACCUCAUGUACCUACUUUGAAGCGAUAUGUACUAUAUAUAAUAUAUUUGUAAAUAAGACACGCAAGUAAUCCUCCGA